AUGGCACCCUGCGCGUUGUCGCUUCUAGUUGUGCUUCUCGGCUUAACUUCGGUCCACUGCCAAUAUGAAAAGUACAGCUUCCGGAGCUUCCCCAGAAGUGAACUCAUGCCGCUGGAGUCUGCUUAUAAGUACGCGCUGGAACAGUACACGGCCGAGAAAUGGGGGGACACGGUGGAGUACAUAGAAGUGUCCCUUCGCCUCUACCGGCUGCUGCGGGACAGCGAGGCCUUUUGCAACCUCAACUGCAGCUCGGUGCGCCGGGAAGACGAGAGUAAGUUUGCGGAGUUCCCGGAGUUACGAGCCUUCGGUAACGUGUUACUGAGGGCACAGUGUUUGAAACGCUGCAAGCAAGGACUGCCCGCCUUCAGGCAGACCCUACCCAGCCGAGAGACCCUGGACGAGUUCGAGAGCAGGGAGCCCUACCGGUACCUGCAGUACGCCUACUUUAAGACCGACAGGCUGGCCAAAGCCGUGUCAGCCGCUCACACCUUCUUGCUAAAGCAUCCAAAUGACGAGAUGAUGCAGAAAAACAUGGCCUACUACAAAAGCCUACCAGGGGCUGAAGAGCAUCUUAAAGAUCUGGAGACCAAAUCCUACGAGAUGCUGUUCGUUCGUGCCGUUCGGGCGUACAACGGCGACAACUUCCGGACGUCGGUGUCCGACAUGGAACUGGCUCUUCGUGACUUCUUCAAGGUCUAUGAUGAGUGCUUGGCCGCCUCGGAAGGGCCCAGGGACGUCAAGGAAUUCAAGGACUUUUACGCCAAUAUAGCUGAUCACUACACGGAGGUCCUGGAGCGAAAAGUGCAGUGCGAGAGCGACCUAACCCCCGUGGUGGGUGGUUUUGUGGUGGACAAGUUUGUGGCUACCAUGUACCAUUACCUACAGUUUGCCUACUACAAGCUUAAGGACUUGAAGAACGCAGUGCCGUGCGCCACCAGCUACCUUCUCUUCGACCCCACUGAUGAGGUGAUGAACAACAACGUGGCUUACUACAAGUUCCACAAGGACAAGUGGGAGCUGACCGAUGAAGACUUCCUACCCAGAGCGGAAGCGAUACGCUACUUCAACCAGACCACCAUGCAGAUGGAAAUGUUGGACUUCUCCAGGAAGCAUCUAGCUAGUGAUGAUGAGGGUGAGGUGGUGGAGUUUAUAGAUGAGUUUCUCGAACCCUGA